UUAAGUGAUUGUGUAUAGUGAUGAAGUUGAGCUUCUUUACUAGCUGCUCAUCUCGAUGGAGCUAGAAAACAUGCAAAAUAAGAAGAAAGAGCAAAGCGCAAGCCCAAAUGGCCGAAGAAUAACAACAAUAACAUUAAUGAAACGAUGAAAACGUGAAAACAGUACCUACUACCACUAUUCGCCGAUUACGAUGGGGAAAAGAUGGAACUCCUAAAGAGCCCGUGUGUGUAGUGGGCAUAGAAGCCAAAUGCAGGAACAAAAUUUCGAACGGUGUGUUGUGGAAAAGAAACAGCCAGUAAACAAGAGAAGUGUAGGAAGCAAAGCAGAAGAAUACCAAAUGUGAACAGACAGAGUAGCACAAAAAUAAUGGACCGCAAUUUUACAAUCGUAACAUGGAAUCAUUCGAAACUUGCUCGGAAGCCGCAAUACGAAGCGCAUGUACUACAUAUGUACGAAGGGGGCAUCAUCUAGAGAGCGCACUAGCAAUAAGCUAUUAUUUGGAAGAGAUUCCAUUUUGUGAAAUCAAAUGUAUGCGAUUAGUUGGAGUGAUGGCAGAUUGACGUGCCUGAACAUCGUCACCAACAAAACGUCGUCGUGGUUUAGUCGUUGAAAACUUUUACCUUUAUUUUUUUUAUUUUCUGUAAACUGCACCGGUCAAAAACACCAUCAACCGCUUCGAGAAUCGCAUUGAAAAUGCAACACACCACCAAACAACGAAUUUAGAACGAUCAGGAAUUAACUCUUUGAAACAUGUGUUACAUAUAUUUCGCAAAUCGAUUUUCUAUCCGAUAGCAGAAGCACCGACAUCAGCAAAUGAGUCAGUCAGAAGAAACAAGUGAAGCGGCUAGCAUUUUUUCAUUAAAUUGCUAAACGUUUUGUUAGCAUUCGCAACAAAAAACGGCAGACAUAAAAUCUACCGAGAUAAACGGUAGUAGUGUUUUCGUAGUUAGGACAGGACGUCGAUAGUUCGUUGCAGUCCAGCAAUUUUUUUAUAACCUAAAUAAUGGACGCUUACUAUCGAUACGAUCCGACUGCCCCGCGUGGCAUGGGGCCACCAGGUAAUGCUGGUGGACCAUACGCACGGCAUCGGGCACCCCACCCGAUGCAGCAGCAGCAACCACAGUCUCAGUAUCCUGCCUAUCAGCCGGCCACGACGGACAACAUGUAUUCGAUGCCGGAUCAUAAUGCCGCAAUGGGAGGUAUGGGGGACAGUCUGUGGGGUGCUCAGCCACCUCCACCGCCUCAAGCCAACCCGUACGCUGCUCCCAUGGGCUAUGGUCAUCCACAGGCACCACAGCCAACACAGCGACAAACGCCUACCAGCUAUCGGCAGCACAUGAGCGGCUAUCCUCAGCAAGACGCAUCAAAGCUUCAGUACCCCACACAGCAAGCGAUGAUGAGUGGGAUGAUGCCACAGCAGGGUUACGGAUCGUUAAGUCAGCCUCAGCAGCCGACUCAGCAGCAACAACAGCAACCACAGCAACCCCAACAGCAGCAGCAACGUGUUUCACAGCAUUAUCCACAAGCGGGACAUUCGAUGUAUCCGGGAGCGCCGGUGGUGCAACCACAGACCGCGACGGCUCAAACCGGAUAUGCUUCGUACGCACCCACUAUGCAACAGCACACUGGUCGAGCGUCGCAACACGUGUACACUCAACAUCAGCUCGACCAGAGUGCUUACGGGCAACAUAUGAGCGCCAGCCAGGUUCCCACGAGUCUGCAUCAGAUGACCACCCCACAACAGCAACCACCUGGUCAGUUGCCACAACAUCCUCCCCAGCAGUCACAUUUGCCUAUACCUGGCCAAACACCUCAAUCGCAACAGCAAAUGCAUGCUAGCCAAAUGCAACCUGUUCAGCAGCAACCGCAGCAAACUCAACAGCAACCUACUCACGGAAGUCAGCCUUCUCACCCACAAGCUCACCCACAGCAGCAUCCUGGGUUAACGAGUUUAAAUUCACAACAAAGCCAACAACAGAACAGUUUGCUAGCAAGUCAACAUCCUGGUUUGGUGCACUCACAGCAACCAACCAGUGGAGGAUUGAUGCAUGGAUCGGGUUCACUAGGAGCAGCAAUGUCACAAUCCCAGGCCAAUCAACAGCCCGCAGGUCAUCACAGUACUAGUACAUUAGGAGGACAUCAAAUGUCACACAGCACAUUGUCGAGUGUGCCCGGUUAUGGAACGAGUGCCCCACAACAGCAAUCGUACCUGCCCAAUGCCACCAAACAGCAACCACAACAGCAUGGAAGCAGUCCCCAAUAUCGGGCACCGUUUCCUCAACUUUCCCCUCAAAUGUCACCGCGGCCACCUCAAAUGUCUCCGCACACGCAAAUGUCGCCACGGCCGGUAAUGUCACCAGCAAAACCGCCGGGCAAUGUCACGUCGCAAGCACCACAAACAACACUUCCCACUACCAUGUCACCUCACCAGCAGCAUCUGGCCAGCUCCGGCGGUAACAUCCAGAGUCCACGGCCUCAACAAUCGAUGCCCGUUACGAAGCUAACAACGGCUUCGGCCAGUGGGCCAGUAAACACCCUGCAAGCGCUCGAACAGAUGGUGAUGCCUCCAUCCGCUGCUGCGGCAGGUAUGGAAUACUCUCAAGCUGCCGCGUACCGAGGGCCUCCUCAUCAGCAAAUGCAGAACAACCCUCUUUCGCCAUUGGGCCCACGGUUACCGAUGUCCCCACAGCAUCAUCAACAGUGGCCUCCAAUGGUUCAGCGGCCUGGUAGUGGUGGUAUCAAUGGCAGUGCUCACCACGGCAUGCCACAACAACCUUCACAGCAACAGCAGCAGCAGCAACAACAACAACAGCAACAGCUAGGGAAUCAGCAUCUACCGCCGAUGCAUUCCCAUGCGCCGCAUUUACACGUAUCACAAGCCUCCCAUCCGCCACCCCCACACGCUCAACAGAUCUCACAGUUGAACGACAUCUCCAGUCUGAUACCGCCUGUGUCGCAAACGAUGCCUGUGAUACCGCCAACUCAAGGCCCACCUACUGGGCUGCAGUAUAGCAAUCUAGAUGAUAAGAGUCUCGUUGAUCCAUCGAUUCAGCAACAAUCCCAACAACAGCAACAACCGCAACCUGUACAUAGUCUUCAUCAGCCACAUUUGUCGCAACCUCAGCAACCACCCCAACAGCAACUACCAUCAAUGCAUCAACCGCAUCAACAUCCUCCACAGCAACAUCCUCCGCAGCAACAACAACAACAACAACAACAACAACAGCAGCAGCAGCAGCAGUCGCAACAGCAACCGAUGCUGACACAGCUGCAACCACCCACACAUCUGCUGCAGCUUCAGUCUCAGCAGCCAUCACAGCAACAACCACCAUCUCAGCAGCAUCAGUCGCAUCUCACGACGAUGCAACCAAUGAUCGUACAACAGCAACCACCACCCCUUCAACCGACGCCACCUGUUCCUUCGUCGCAUUCGAUUUCCCAGCAGCUGCAAUCUCCAUCAUUUAAUGAUGAGAUGAUGAUGUCGCCAAGCGCUCAAACUCAGCAGCAGCAGCAUCAACAGCAUCAACACAAGCAACAACAACAUCAACAACACCAAUCACAACACAUACCUAGUGCCACAGUACCCGUUCCGGUGCCGGUGCCGGUUGCAUCCCCUGUUGCACCUACAGUCACUCACCAACCGGUACCGGUUUCGCACGCCGCUCAGCUGAACGAUUUGCAGUCGAUCCAAGCGAUGUCGCCUGCAGCAACUCAUUCUCAACAACAACAGCAACAACAUCAAAGCUCAGCUUCCUCGGUAGAACUUCCACCAAUUUCAACCCUAUCAGUUGAGCCAACAGUCCCGAGCGUCGACAGUAUGCUGCCGGCCAGCAAUAGCGAGUCCCAGCAACAGUCGACGGAUCUCAGUCUUAUCGAUAGCCUUACUUCGAGUAACGCUAACGAAGCUCCGUCGAGUCUGGGAGCGGGUGGAUCAAUACCAGAGUCAGCGAUAAGUGAAACCGACAGUCUACAACAGAGGCAUUCCGUCUCGGAACAAAAUAGUAGCAACGAGGAAUCCCGCGACAGCAUUGUGCCAGCUCCAGCGGAAUCCAAUACCGAUGAGAGUAAGUCUUCAAGCUCGUUAAUGUCGGGAACUGAUUUCGAGAACAUGAAUCAGACCAACAAUGGAACGGCAAACUCGCUGUUGAAUUCAGAUACUGGGCUGGAUGAAACAAUUCGGGAAGGUCAGACCAUGGAUUUAGACCAUGUGAAUACAGAGCCGAACGACAAGCGGGAAGACCCUUACCAUUCUGACAAUUCGAAUCAAGCACCAACGUUCGAUACCAAAAAGACUGAAAUUUGCUUGGAAUCAGCAACGGAACCCGAACCGAUCACAUCGGUUGUAUUGACUGAACUCCAAGCGCCAGAAGUGACAACAGCCUCUACUACGACCACGAGUCCAGAGCAGACACAUUCGGUACCAACGUCCACAACGACGCCAACAUUGCCGACAUCAGCAAUGCCAUCGUACCCCAAUCAGACGGAGCCGAUGCCCGGUGAACAGAUCAUAUCGACCAGUACGCCAGCUACGACGAUACCUAGCAACACGGCUCAAAUUCCCCCACAGAUGCAUCCGCAGAUGUAUGGUCCGAUGGGCCCUGGUCAAGGUCCAGCACCACCGAUGUAUGGAAUGCAUAUGCCACCAGGUGCCCCCAUGAUACACGGACCCCUUGGUCCAGCAAUGCACGGUAUGAUGAGUCCAGAUAUGCUGAAUCCUUAUCAAACUCCCUAUCAAUCUCACGCUCUGGAAAGAGCCGCUCUUCAGCAACAACUACAGGACCUUUACAAGCUUCCAAUGGCAGACAAUCAAGACAAAGUUAUGCGAUUGCAGGAACGCAUUGCUGUGCUCCAGCAGCACGAAACCACUGAUGGAUGUCAGGGUGGUCCUCAGUGUAUGAUGCAGAGUCACUCGAUGUACUCAUCUGUCAUGAUUGAUAGUCCUCAGGUGACCAGUACGACUGGUCGUCGUGGUCGAACCCCAUCCAACAAGCCACGGAAACCCCGUCUGAAGAAAGCGGAGAAACUUGCGCAAGAAGCUGCUGCAGCUGCCGCCGUGGUAGUUGUCACACCCACUCCCAUUCCGGGACAACCUCAACCGCCACAGCAGCCGCUGGUAACCUCAGGCGAUGAAACAUCCCAAACACAAACAACCGUCACCGCACUUCCCGUGUCCGAAGACUCAGUUACAGCUGGAACCGGACUGGCGGAAGUUACAUCCGAAAGUUUGAACGAAACUUUGAAUGAAAGUGAAUCUCAAGAUAAUCUCUCUAUAGGCGAUUUGGAUACAUCAACGGACGCCAGCGGGAAGAAGCUGAAGAAACCACGGAAGCCUCGGGAACCAAAGGAGCCUAAGAAAGCUAAGGAGCCAAAAGAGCCAAAGGAAAAGAAAGAACCUAAGAAAAAAGAACCCAAGGAUCCAGAGAAAUCAGCGAAGAAGAAACGUGGAAAGAAGAGUGCAUCCGAAGGGGAUAAUUCCAUGUCGAUGGACACCAAUAGCCAGGAUCACGAUCAGCAGGACCACUCGAAGGCCACUAGCGAAGCGGAUGAGAAUCAGACGCUGGCAUCGUUGAUGCAUUCGCAAAAUUCAACCGAUGCCAACAGCGGUCCGGAGAAGGAACCGAAAGUGGAUGGCUCAGCGACGAAUGAGGAUGUGACUGAUUUCGAUGACAUUCCAGUGUCCAAAAUUCCGAUCAAGACUUUGUUGGAGGAAAACGAAAAGAAGGAAAAAGAGCAAGAGAAUGAGGAUAGUGUCGGGGAAGGAGCAGACACGGAAGGAGAGACUCCGAAAAAGAAGAAGAGUAGCAGUAAGAAGAAGGAUCCGGGAAGUGGGGAGAGUAAGAAGAAGAGUUCGUCCAGUUCUAGAAACAGGAAGUCGACGGGUGGCGGUGGUAGUUCGAAGAGCCGCUCACGAUACCGAGGACGGAUGAUGGCCGAAUCGGACGGUGAAGGUGAUGAUUUGAUGAGCACUCCACCACCUUCACCUCCACCGGAUGCGGAAAUCGAUAGUUCCAAGCGACGGUCGGCACGAAAUACUCAGAGAAAGAAGUACGUAGACGAUGUUAUGCUAAGGUUCUCGGAUGAUGAAUCAGGCAUCAUUUCUCCUACGCCACCAACAAGGAAGGAAAAGAAGUCGGAAGCCGAAAAGAAGGAUGCCGACAGCAGUGGCGAAGGUGCAGCAGGUGCUUCGACUUCGGAUGGAGCCGUGGCUAGUUCCAGUGGAAUCGGUGCGGAUGGAGAGGAAGUCACCACGACUGACACUAAAGCGGAAGCGAGCGGUGAUCCGAAAGGGGACGAUGCUAACAAACCGAAUUACGUGUAUGUGAACACCGGGGAUGAAGAUUCGAUGGUGGUGCACUAUGUGUUAGCCGUCCGAAUGGGUAAGCGUGAAUUGAAACCGGAUCCACCGGCACCGCCGCCAAAAGAAAAAACUCCCGAACCGGAAGUGAAAGUUGAAGGUUCUGAAGAAGGGGAAAGCGUCGAAAAGAAGGAAGGUGAAGAUGAUACAGAGAAAAAUGAUGAAGGGGAAGUGAAACCUGAAAAAGAGACUGAUGGCGAAACCAAGAAGAAGGACGAUGAAAAGGAGGAAGUGAAAAAGGAAAGUGAAGAGUUAGAAGCGAAGAAGGAAGAUGCAGAACAGAGCGAUGAAACCAAAAUAGAGACAGACGAAGACAAAAAGGAAGAGAAGAGUGAUGAAGAGGAUGCUGAAAAGGAAGAGAUUGCCCAAACCAGUGACGACAAGCCAGAGAAAAUGGAAACAGAAGAGUCUGCAGAGGCCAUGAAGGACUCAGAAGAAACUGUCACUGAAGAAGAUAAGAAAUCCGAAAAGCAAGAGAGUGAUAAAACAGAAGACGAAGAAGAAACGAAAGAGGAGAAAGAUGCUUCAGAGGAAAAGAAAGAAGAUGAAACUAUGGAUACUGAAGAAACUAAAACCGAUGACGAUAAAGUCGAAAAGAAAGACGAGAAGAAAGAUGAAGAGAAACCCGAGGAAAAGAAAGAACCUCCGGUGUUCGUCGACGUUGAGGAAUACUAUGUCAAGUAUCGUAACUUUUCCUAUCUUCACUGUGAAUGGCGAACUGAGGACGAGUUGCUCAAAGGUGACAAGCGUGUUGGUAACAAAAUCAAGCGUUUCCUGCAGAAGCAGCAACAACAGCUUAACAUCUUCGAGUCCUUGGACGAGGAGCCCUUCAAUCCGGACUUUGUCGAAGUGGACCGGGUGCUGGACGUGUCCGAGCAUACGGAUGACGAUGGAAAGACAGUGAAGCAUUAUUUGGUCAAGUGGAAAAGCUUGGCUUAUGAGGACAGUACUUGGGAGCUGGAGGACGAUGUAGAUCUUCCCAAAAUCGAACAGUAUUACAGGUUCAACAAAAUUCCUCCAAAGAGUGAAUGGAAAACGAAGAAACGGCCCCACCCGGAUCAAUGGAAAGCUCUUCCAGAGUCUCCCAUAUACAAGGGAGGAAAUAAUUUACGUCCAUAUCAGCUGGAAGGUCUGAAUUGGUUGCGAUACUCGUGGUAUAAGGGAAACAACUGUAUCCUGGCCGACGAGAUGGGGUUGGGGAAGACUAUCCAGAGUUUAACGUUCGUCCAUGCGGUGUAUGAGUACGGUAUUCGAGGUCCAUUCCUGGUCAUUGCACCUCUGUCCACUAUCCCCAACUGGCAGCGAGAGUUUGAAGGAUGGACGGAUCUGAAUGUGAUCGUCUACCACGGUGCGGCUACCAGUCGACAAAUGAUUCAGGACUAUGAAGUUUACUACCGUUACGAAAACGGAAAGUACAUCAAAGAUAUCAAUAAAUUCAACGUGCUGAUCACGACUUUCGAAAUGAUUGUCACUGACUAUCAAGACCUUAAGCCGUUCAAUUUCCGAGCAUGCGUUAUCGAUGAAGCCCAUCGUUUGAAGAAUCGGAAUUGUAAACUGUUGGAAGGUCUCCGGCAACUCAAUCUCGAACAUCGAGUCUUGCUAUCGGGUACUCCGCUCCAGAACAACGUGAAUGAAUUGUUCUCACUGCUGAACUUCCUAGAGCCUAGUCAGUUCUCGUCCAACGAGGAAUUCUUACGAGAAUUUGGCAGUCUCAAGACUGAAAGCGAAGUACUUAAAUUGCAGGCCCUGUUGAAGCCGAUGAUGUUGCGACGGUUGAAGGACGACGUCGAGAAAUCACUCGCUCCGAAGGAGGAAACUAUUGUCGAAGUAGAGCUGACCAAUAUCCAGAAGAAGUACUACCGUGGUAUUCUGGAGCAAAACUUUUCGUUCUUGAUGAAGGGAACGACCUCGGCAAACAUACCGAAUCUGAUGAAUACAAUGAUGGAGUUGAGAAAAUGCUGUAUUCAUCCGUAUUUAUUGAAUGGUGCCGAGGAUCAAAUUCAGUAUGAUUAUCGUCAGCAGCAUGGUGAUGAUGCCGAAGCGUACUACAAGAAUUUGAUUGUUUCAUCCGGUAAAAUGGUGUUGAUUGACAAGUUGUUGCCAAAGUUGAAGGCGAAUGGUCAUCGUGUGCUGAUUUUCAGUCAAAUGGUUCGCUGUUUGGACAUACUGGAGGACUAUUUGAUCUACAGAAAGUACCCAUUUGAACGAAUUGACGGUCGUAUUCGAGGAAAUUUGCGACAAGCGGCUAUCGAUCGGUAUUCGAAGCCGGAUUCGGAUCGAUUUGUGUUCCUGUUGUGUACGAAGGCCGGUGGAUUGGGUAUCAAUUUAACCGCAGCCGACACGGUUAUCAUCUACGAUAGCGAUUGGAAUCCACAGAACGAUCUACAAGCACAGGCUCGUUGCCAUCGUAUUGGUCAGCAGAAAAUGGUCAAAAUUUACCGUUUACUUUGUCGUAACACGUACGAACGGGAGAUGUUUGAUAAGGCUUCAUUGAAGUUGGGUCUGGAUAAGGCGAUCUUACAGAGCAUGAACACCGGACAGGGAGGAAAAGAUAACAACAAACAGAUGUCGAAGAAGGAAAUUGAGGACCUUUUGAAGAAGGGUGCCUAUGGAGCCGUAAUGGAUGACGAUGCCGGUGACAAAUUCUGCGAAGAAGAUAUCGAUUCUAUUUUGCUUCGCCGAACACAGAUUAUCACAAUGGAAAGCGAAAAGGGGUCGACUUUCUCGAAAGCCUCGUUUGCCGCAGCUGCUAACCGAAGCGAUAUCAACAUUAACGAUCCGGACUUUUGGAACAAGUGGGCCAAGAAAGCCGAGAUCGAUCCCUUGGCGUGCGAAAAAGACGAAACGGAAGAUUUGGUGAUUGUGGAACCGAGAAAGCGCACCCAGAUUAAACGGUAUGGUCAUGACGAUGGAGUUAUGGACAUGUCGGAUGAGUCUUCCGGUGAGCACGGAAGCGAUGGAGAAGAAGGUGGCGGCGGCCUGAAGACCAGAAGCAAACGGAAUCGAGCCAAAGAAAAGAACAAGAAACUGCUAGUCGAGAAGGAUGAAUACAUUCCGAGGGAUCGGGAUACGCUUGCGGCGCUCGGAUUCGACGAGGUUUCCUACGGAAACUGGGCUCGGUCCGAGUUGUUCAAGGUGGAGAAAGGAUUGCUUUCGCAUGGAUGGGCUCGCUGGACGGAGAUUCUGGAGCAAGGACAGUUUAAGCGAGGCUGGCGUGAGCAGGACAUCGAGGAAUGCUCUCGUAUCAUUCUGUUGUACUGUCUCGAACGAUAUCAGGGUGACGAGAAAAUUAAGAAUUUCAUUUGGGAAUUGAUCACCCCUUCGGAGGGUGGCGAACAGCGUGAGAUCGCUCGCAAUCACAGUGGAUUGCACAACCUGGUGCCCAGAGGGCGAAAUGCCAAAGUAGGACGCAAAUCGGCCAAUCCGGCCGGAGUUCCACAACUGAAGCGCGAAGGAAGCGUCACUGAUGUAAACGAAGACGCAUCUUCGAACUCAUCCGGUACCCAUAAGGAACCAAAACCGGUCAAGUCCGGUUCGGACUCGGGCGGUUCCAAUACACCGACAACCGAUCCCAACCACUGGAGCAAGGAUGAGAAAUAUGAUGCAGAAAAUAUGUUGGAUAUCAACUAUAAAAAGCAUCUGACCAGACAUGCCAACAAAGUGCUUCUUCGCGUUCGGAUGCUGUACUACAUCAAACACGAAGUCCUCGGUGACCUAGUGAUGCAGAUUCACGAGGGUGCCAAUGCGAGCGAUCUCCCAAUUCGCCCACCGCCGACGCCCGACCAGCUGCCGUGCUCAUGGUGGAAUCCAAGUUGUUGCGAUCGCAGUCUCUUGGUCGGCACGUAUAAACAUGGCUGCGAAAACUACCGCGUGAUGCGAGCGGAUCCGAUGCUCUGCUUCCAGAGCCACUGCGGUCCCGGCGACGGAAUCGUUGAGGAGACGACGGUUGUCAAAGAGGGGGCCGAUGACGAUGCCAACUCCAAAUUGGGAGACAACGAAGAUGAUCCAGAGGAUGGUCCCUCGGAGGCCCGUUCCUCGUCAGCUGGCGUCGACUCCAAAGACGAUGAUGAAGAAUCCACAGCUGGUACCGCGACUAGUGCUGCCCCUACGCCGGCCCCGUCCGAGACCAAUCCGGAACUGAUAUGGCCCACGAUGCAGGACCUGAACACCCGGUUGCGACGUGUCAUCACAUCCUACCAGCGCAACUACAAGAAGGAAGAGCUGAAACAGCAGCAGAAGGCGAAGCUCCAGGCGAUCGUACCGCCGGCAUCUUCGAUGGGUGGCCAAUCGUCGUCGAACCCGUCGACGCCGUGUACCACCCCCGGACCGGUCAUGAGCGGUAGUCUCACUCCGCAGCACCAGCAGCAGUCCCAAUCGGUCCAAAUGCAGCAGUCGCUUUCCGGGCUCGGAGGCGCCGGCGGCGCUUCCACCUCCUACGCUGGCACUAGCGGAUUGAGCAAGAGCCAACAGCAGCAAGCAUCGGCCGGCGCUGGGGGUUUCUCGCUGGGUGGGACCACCCCGACCAGUGGAAUGCCAACGGCAGCCGACUUCAGUCUGAUGCUUAGCCUGGGCCUGGGCCUCAAUCCGGCCGAUGCUUCGCAGCUGGCGAAUCUCGAUCUGCAAAAGUUGGCCAUGUACUUGAAAAUGGAACGACGCGAAAAAACGGAACAGGUCAUGCGUGAACGAGAACGUGUCCGUUUGGAGCAGAUUCCCAAGAAGUGGUCUCGCCGCGAAGAAAAUGAAUUCAUCCGCGUUCUCACUGGAUACGGAAUUGACCUGCUGUCGAACACAUCGGUCCCGACACCGGAUUGGUCAAGGUUCAAAGUGUACGCGAAGCUGGACAAGAAGUCGGACGAAAAUCUGAGCGAUUUCUACAAAGUAUUCAUCGCGAUGUGCAAGCGCCAGGCCGGCGUUAAGCUGAACGACGACGAGAAGAACUUGGAAGGAUUGGUGGACGAUGUGACCGAAGACCACGCCAAGCUGAUUCUCGAUCGGUUGGAGCUGCUCUCGAGGGCCCGUGAAAUCAUCAAGCAUCCCAAGCUGGAGGAGAACAUCAAGCUGUGUGAGAACAACCUGGAUACACCGGAUUGGUGGAUUUCGGGUAAACACGAUCGGGAACUGCUUCGAGCGGUGCUCAAGCACGGUAUCUAUCGGUCAGAACAACUGAUCCUAGCCGAUCCGGAGUUCCCCUUCUACGAGGCAGCUAAGAAAUAUCUGCAAAAUCUGGAAAUGCAAAUUCAACUGCAAAAUCAGCAGUUGAUGAAAAUGCAAGCCGCCAAAGCGGAAGCAGCCGAAAAGGCCGAGCUAGCGCUGAAACUUGAGAAGGGUGACGGAUCACUGAAGAUCGAAAAGAUUCCGGUCAAGAAGGAAACGCAAGAAUCGCAGGUUGAAAAGGAAUCCGAGACAGACGAAGUUGAACAGAAAGCAGAAGUUAAAGUUGAAGAUGAGGUCAAGAAAGAGGGUGAGGAAAUGAAGCACGAAGGAGAACUUUCGGAUGAAACCGACAAGGAACUCAAAGAGGAAGUUAAGGAGGAGAAAUCCGACGAGACAUCCACAGAAGCGGAGAAGAAAAUGGAAGUAGACGAGGAGCCAAAGGAUGCGUCUGAAAAGGUUAUAGAUAAUAAGAAGGAGACAGCAGAUCUAGAUGAAGAAGAGGAAUCGAAACCUACCGAAAAGGAAGUGAAACCAGAAGCCAUGGAAGUUGAUUCGGAAGAGAAAGAUCCGAAAGAAAAAGCUUCUGAAGAUGAAAAUGCCGAGUCCAAGGAAGAAAGGUGCGAAGAAAAGGACACGCUAGCAGAGAAAGAUUCUGCCGAAAGGGAGGAAAAAUCUGAUGAAGUCAAGUCCGACGAAAAGCCGACAAUGGAUCACCAGGAAGCUUGCUCCUCAACCAAGAAGGAAGACACGGAAACGUCCAAGAAAUCGGAUACCGAACGGGAAUCAUCUCCCGAUGUAAUCAUACUGGACGAACAGAAAAUUACUGACGUCAAACCGAAAGUAUUGACGGAGGAGGAGAAAUGCUCGAAGCAAGCCGCCGAGUUGAAGGCUCGCUUCCCAGAUCUCGAGGUUUUCCAACCGUUGAUGAAGCUAAAGCAGCUUGAUAACAGUGUUUCUAAGGAAGACUUCAAAAAUAUGAGUAAAUUCGCCAGCAUGAUUGACACCUCAAUGAUCGUGAAAUGGUUCCGGGAUUUCGCACUGGAGCGUCGCGUUGGUCACAUCAUCUACUGUAUCGAGCACGGAGAAUGGCCAGUGGGCAAAUCCUACUCAGCCUACACCGGAUGUCUGGGCAUUGAUCUGGAUAUUCCACUACACGAGACAAUCAAGCGUAUCAUUUCAGUGGACGCUGAUACCCGGCGGUCAACCUCCAGCACGCCGGACGUGAUUACAAUCACAACCGAUCACGCCGGGGCGAAACAGAUAAGCCAAGCGGCUCUGAAUGCACAAACGGCUGCCGCCCUCUCUGCUGUGGGUCUUGGAGGCAGUGGGUCGGGAGCAGGUGGUACACAAGGCUUAAGUCAAAGUCAAAUGGCAGCUGCGGCUGCUGCAGCCGCCGCUGCCGCCGCCAAUGUUUCGCUUUCGUCAAGUAAGAAACGCAAGAGACACAUUGCUAUUGAUGUUGAAACAGAAAGGGCCAAAUUGCAUGCUUUGUUGAAUAAUACUCAGAGUCCAGUCACACCUGGCAGUAAGUCACAGCAACAGCAGCUGCAGUCGGCCAGCGGACUUUCCUGGAACGACGAUGAUAUCGUUGAUGCCCGUCGCAGCAGUUCGUCAAACUCGAACGUACUGCAACCGCCACCAGCCCAUCAACACGGUUCUCGCAAUCCCAUGAGCUACUCGAAGCCCACUCUUAUUCCGGGCACUUCCAGUACGCUGACGCCAAUUGAUUUGUCCUCAGGAUACAGCUUACCGAAGGUCAACAUGGCGGACAUGCUCAAGAGUCCGAUGGACCUGAGCGAAGCGCAGGACUUUUCGAUUGGUAAAAAGAGCAAAUCCAGUGACUAUGGCAGCGGCAGCAGCGGUCGCGGAUUAUCGUCUACCAGUAUCAGUAUUACGAGUGCCGGUGGCGGUGGUUCUUCAAUGCAAUCACCAUCGGCAGCAGUGGCAGCGGCGGCAGCUGCUGGCAAAGGUAAACUGAACGACAUGCUGUCGAAGUUGAUGAAGAAGAACAACGUGAGCGUUCCGAUCGAGGAGCCUCCGCUGGGCAAGGAAAAGAAGCGAAGGAAGCUGGACGAGAUUGUGUUGGGGUUGUCCGCUGCCAAGGAGCAGAAGACGAUCUUCGGCGAUCCAACUCCUCCGGGUGGAAGCUUCUCCGGAAGUUCGAUGAAGAAGCCCCAGAUUCCGCCCAGUGUUUCCGUUACACCGGCAAGUGCACCUUCGUCGGUCAGUCAACAGCCUCCGCAGAAACCGUUCACUAUUACGGUUACGAGUGUUCCGGGAACAUCCAAGAGCGGCCAAGGAUCGUCCAGUUCUACCAGCUCGAACAGUGGACUGGCUGCCCUACAAAACAUGUCCGGUAUGGGAGCUCUUUCGACGAAGGACAGUCUGAAUGCACUGUUUGCCCAGGCGGCUCAAGCUGAGCAGCAGGCAUUCUUGAAACAACAGCAAAAAUUGAUCCAAUCACUGCCAGCCAACUCACCGCAGCGAAAGGCCUAUGAAGUGAUGUUUGCAGAAAUGAAACAAGCUGCGGAACUAAGCUCCAAACUAGGUCAGUACGGUUCAGCGCACGAUGCCAAGGUGAACAAAUGGUUGGCUGAACAAACGGCAGCUCUCACUGCUGAGCACGCCAUGGGAAUGGACUACCUAUCGAGAACAUCGCGAAGAUCGUCUUCAUCUACUUCACAAUCACAGGCAACGACUCCGACAUCUUCCAGAUCGACGAGGAAUGCUGGCAGCAGUCUUCAGCAACAUCACCAUUCUCAGCAGCAACAGCAACAGCAGCAGCAACAACAACAACAACAACAGCAGCAGCAGCAGCAGCAACAACAACAACAACAACAGCAGCAAGCUGAUAGCAAUCCAAUGGCAUUCAACUGGAAGAAUCUCACCGGGGAGGAAUACGUAUCCGUUAUCAAUAAGAUCAAUGGCAAACGUUUGACCGGAAACAAAGCGCCUCAAUUGAAGCGGCUUACUCAGUGGCUGCAGGACAAUCCAGCUUACGAAAUUGACCCGAAAUGGGCGGAAUCUAUCACCCUUCCUCCUAGCCCUAUGACGCACUCGAAAUCUUCGCCAUCCGACUCGGGAAGCCCUUCGUCUAGCUCCUCCAAACAGAUGCGAUCGUCAUCAGCAUCUUCGCCCAUGGCAUCCCAGAGUGGUCAGUAUGGCAGCGGUGGAGGCAACAGCCAGCAAUCUUCUUCGGCCGCAUCGAAAAAGCAUAGCAGUAACAGUGCUGCCAAUAUGCAAUUCGCGCAACUAGCAGGACUGAAUGCCAAUCUGCUAUCUAGCAUUCCUGGAUUGGGCAGUUUCGAUCCGAAGAAUCCACUGCUAGCGAUGCCGUUUGGUGGCAUGCCUGGACUGGCUGGACUGGGUGGACUUGGAAAUCUGAACAACAUGAAUCUCUUCGCCAGUUUGGCUGGUCUACCCGGCCUCUCCGGAAUGGAUGCACAAAGCCUAGCGGCAAUGAUGGCUGCUGCAGGAUUAGAUCCAACAACGGCUCUUGCAGCUGCAACUGGCGGUACUCAAAGUAAAGGUGGAGGUGGCGGUUCCAGUAAAUCGAGAAAACCCGAUGGAUCCGGUUCGUCAUCUUCAUCGCAGCAGAGUUCUAGCAAGAAUUCCAACUCUCAACAGGCAGCGGCAGCGGCGGCGGCAGCUGCAGCAGCAAACAGUCAGUUCCCAUUCUUCUUCCCGAAUCCAAGUCUACUGUACACACCGCUUGGACUCGGUGGGUUGAACCCAUACGGAAUUCCCGGAGCUGGAUUGGGAACAAGUGGUAUAACGACAAGCACGACUUCCUCUCCGACGACUUCACGCCAGUCCCAGUCAAAGCAAAGCGGUUCUCGGGGAAUGAGCGGAGGUUCCCAGCAGUCGUCCUCAUCACCAGGCAAUAAAUCAAACCGAAGUUCAAGUUUGUCAAGCCAGCAAGCAGCGGCUGCCCAGCAGGCCGCAUUGGAAGCUGCGCAACUCCAGCAACUUCUGCUGCCGCAUGACAAACAUUUGCUGGAUUCGCUGACACGAUCUGCUGGUUUGGAUAUUAGCCAAAGUGGCAGGAGUAGUGGUUCCAGUGCUUCUGAUAAGCGAGCCAGGGAAAGUUCUGCCGCUCAGCAGGCGAAUAAACAAGCCCUGGAGAAACUGGAACGUGAAAGAAGGAAAAUUUUGGAAACACUAUCGCAAGGAGCCUUCCCGUCGGACUUGGCAGCCAUGCAAGCAUUUGCCACCGGUAAAAUGCCAGGAUCGUCAUCGGAACGUUCCUCUUCCGGACAUGGAUCAUCGUCGAAGAACAGCAGCAGCAGUAGUAGUGCAGCUGCAGCAAAUGCAUCAGCCGCUGCCGCAGCAGCAGCGGCGGCUGCAGCCAUGAGCGCUAAGGACCUUCAACUUCCACUGCCACCUGAGUUUAGUCAAGCGUUAUUCGCUGAAAUGGCCGCUCAAGCCCUGUCUGCCAGCGCCGCGGCAGGAUCUUCAUCCGGUUCGAAGAAAUCCCGUGAUCAAGAGCUAAAAGAAGCAUUCGAACAGUUGAGCAAGAAUCCUAUUGAACUGCUGGCGAGAAGCUUGGGAGUUGGUCCUGCGAUUUCGUUGAUACCGACUUCAUCGUCGACUUCGUCAACCUCAGAUUCGAAGAGAACAACGUCUUCUUCGAGACAUGAUUCCCAGCAACAGCAGCAGCAACAGCAACAAUUGCAGCACCAUCUGUCCAAGCUAGACCCGAAGACCCUGAUGAUGGGAGGCGGAGGAUCGUCCCAACAAGAUGACAUGAAGAGCUCCAGGACCAGGUCUUCAACCGAUUCGUUAGCUAGCAUCGAUAAGGUGACAUUGACUCCGGUAGCUGCUGCUAGUAUAGCGGCAUCGCUUCCUUCACAAACGACAAUCUCGUUGGCAUCUCCCGUGGGAAUGCCAGGAACGUCCUCAUCAUCCUCGUCCGGCGGUGGUGGUGGAUCGUUGAAUCUCAGUGCCAAGAGUCCGGCAGCUUUGUCGACUUCAUCGACUUCCAGCAUGGGUGAUCGAGAUCGUGAACGCGACCGCGAUCGUGAUCGUGAUCGUGAACGAGAACGGGAACGGGAACGAGAGCGUACUGAACGGCUGGCAGAAAGAGCGGAGCGGGCCGAACGGAAUGAGCGAAGCAUGCGGUCGGCGGAUAUGGCGGCUGAUUUGAGCAAGAGUUCGUCGAGCUCCACUACGGUAACACCGACGUCAACAGCGCCUCAGAAUCUCUCAACAUCAUCCUCGGCAUCGGCGUCGAAUUCGAUACCGACGCCUUCGGUAACGGUGGUAGAUACUGCCCACAAUCAGGAGAUGGAUCUGGAGGACUUGAUAGCACCAUCGAAGCUGUCGAAAUCCGGUAAUGUUCUGAACGACGAGGAUGAUCCUCAGAAACAGAUUAUGCUGCUGAAGCAGAAGCAAAAGCUCCUUCAACAAGAGCAGAUGAAGAAGCUUCAGGAAGCGCAAGAAGCUCAACGAUUGUUGGAGCAACAAAGGAUAGCAGAGCAGAAGAAGUUGCUGGAAGAACAACAGCAACAGCAGCAUCAACAGCAAAAGGAACAACACGAACAAGAGCAAGCUCAUGCUCGAGAACUACGACACAAACGUCGUAGGGAGCGGGAAGAGAGCGAACGAGCACUAGAAAAAACCGCUCCCGUAGAAGACGAACCUAUUGAACCGGAAGUCGGACACCGACAACCGGAGGAAAUGGAAGCGCCCAGACCAAUGGACGAAACCCCUGUUGAACUACACCAACAGCAGAAGGAAGAACACCAUCAAGAACAAUCCGAACAACAGCAUCACGAUGAAGCGGAACGGCAUGAACGUCGUGCUUCGCGCCGGAGCCAGCGUCACUCGACGGAACAACCUUCGGAAGAUGCGGGUAAAUCCGAUCACGAAAAGGCAGCCGAUUUGGCAUCGACGAGAAAAUCCACUCGUUCCAGUACCGAUGCGGCUAGCUCUUCCGGUGGAGAGUCCAGCAGUGCACCGACCUUGACCCCAUCAACCGGCGGUCGACGAGCAACUCGGUCCAAGCGACGACGUAGCGGUGAGGAUCUGGACCUAACGGUGGGAGUUCCGGAACGGAAGCGAGAGCUACGAUCCAGUGCGGGACGACAGGCGGCAGCUGCUGCGGCACGAAUGGCAGCGGAAGCUAAGGCGGCCGCCGCCGCUGCAGCCGCAGCAGCAGCUGCUGCCCAGGCUGAGGGGUCACUCAACUUGUCGAAGGAUCAGCAGGACCAUUCCGAUAAGGAUGACCAGCAACCAAUUUGACUAAAAAUGAGUAAAUGACGCUUAUAAUUUUAGGUUGAAAGUUUUUGUUUGUUCAUGUAGAGGAAGUUUUAGGCGGUUGAUAUUAGGAGAGAAAAGUGUAUUUCUUUUUUCGGUAUAAAUAUAGUAAAUGAGGGAUGAAAUUAAGUAGGGUGUAAAAAAAGAUACAAAACAAAAAUUGUGACGUAAAAUGUAAUUUAUUCGCUGGGCAGGAAGAGCAGAAAAGAUGCGAAGUACUUGUGGUA